GAGGCCGGCGCACGCAGUGGGCGGCUUCCGCUUGCCUCCUUCCCCGUUUAAGCCUUAAGCGGGCAGCACGAGGUUCAGCGGCGGAGCUGGCCGGUGGAUGCAAUCUCUUCUGGCCUGCUGCGGAGCUGUCAUUUCAUUUCCCGGUGCAGGAUCACCGACAGCCUUGAGCAGAUACCACCAUGUGUGGCAUUUGGGCCCUUUUCGGAAGUGACGAAUGCCUCUCCGCUCAAUGUCUUUGUGCUAUGAAAAUAGCCCACAGAGGUCCAGAUGCGUUUCGGUUUGAGAACGUCAAUGGAUUCACCAACUGCUGUUUUGGCUUCCACCGUCUUGCGAUUGUUGACCAGCUCUAUGGAAUGCAACCCAUACGAGUGAAGAAAUUCCCUUACUUGUGGCUGUGCUACAAUGGAGAAAUCUAUAACUUCAAAAAGCUGCAAAAGAAGUUUGAAUUCGAUUACCAGACCUUGGUUGAUGGAGAAGUAAUCCUUCAUCUUUACAACAAGGGAGGAAUAGAGCAAACAGCCUCCCUGCUAGAUGGUGUGUUUGCAUUCAUUUUGCUUGACACAGCAAAUAGAAAAGUGUUUCUGGGAAGAGAUACAUAUGGAGUCAGACCUUUGUUCAAGGUCCUGACAGAUGAUGGAUUCCUGGGUGUCUGCUCCGAGGCUAAAGGUCUUAUCAACUUGAAGCACAGCAUGUCCCUUGAUCCCAGAGUGGACCCUUUCCCUCCAGGACACUAUGAAGUGUUGGAUUUAAAGCCAAAUGGCAAAGUUGCAUCAGUGGAAGUGGUGAAAUUUCACAGUCCUAAAGAUGAACCUCUGCAUGCUGCCUACAGUGCUGUACAAAAUCUCCCCUCGGGUUUUGAUGUUGAAACAGUUAAAAGCAACAUUCGGCUUUUGUUUGAAAAUGCUGUCAGAAAACGUUUGAUGGCUCACAGAAGAAUUGGCUGUCUCUUGUCAGGUGGCCUGGAUUCUAGCUUGGUUGCUUCAAUGCUAAUCAAAUUGAUGAAAGAAGGAAACACUCGCUACCCGUUACAAACCUUUGCAAUUGGCAUGGAAGAUGCUCCUGACCUGCUGGCUGCCAGAAAGGUAGCAGCUUACAUUGGGAGUGAACACCACGAGGUCAUUUUUAAUUCUGAAGAAGGGAUUCAAGUACUGGAAGACGUCAUACUUUCCUUGGAAACCUAUGACAUUACAACUGUACGAGCUUCAGUGGGCAUGUAUCUGAUCUCCAAAUACAUACGGGAGAAAACAGACAGCGCCGUCAUUUUCUCAGGAGAAGGCUCAGAUGAGUUGACGCAAGGAUACAUCUAUUUUCAUAAGGCACCCACCCCAGGAGAAGCUGCAGAGGAAAGCGAGAGGCUCCUCCGAGAACUCUACCUCUUUGACGUCCUCCGGGCGGACAGGACAACAGCUGCCCAUGGUCUGGAAAUGAGAGUUCCAUUUUUGGACCACCAGUUUACUGCUUAUUACCUGUCUUUGCCAGCAGAACUCAGAACACCAAAGAAUGGAAUUGAAAAACACCUUUUAAGAGAGGCCUUUGAAGAUACCAACUUAUUGCCUAAAGAAAUACUCUGGAGACCAAAAGAAGCCUUCAGCGAUGGCUUAACUUCUAUCAAGAAAUCAUGGUUCUCAAUCCUCCAAGACUAUAUUGAUACUCAGGUUGAUGAUCUUCUGCUGGAGAAGGCGGCGGAGAAAUUCCCCUUCAACCCCCCUAAAACAAAAGAAGGCUAUUACUACCGCCAGAUCUUCGAGAAGCAUUUUCCAGGCCGCUCCGAUUGGCUCCCUCACUACUGGAUGCCGAAGUGGAUCAAGGCCACAGAUCCAUCUGCUCGCACUUUGAAACAUUACAAAUCGGCUACGAAAGAAUAGACGUUUCUAACCUGUUUUGAAGUUGCUCUGUGGGUGGUGGCUUGUGAGCCUAUAAUUGUACUUAGCCUAAAAGAGAAAGCAAAAAACCCAAAGCUUUUUUAAAUAAAUAAAUAA